AUGACUUUUUUGAAGGAAGAAAAAGAAGUAAAGAAUGUUGAUGAAAUAAUACACUUUGAACCUCUCACUUAUAAAAACGGAUCCGUAAGCCAGAACAUGGCGGCAAUCUGGAAAAUUGUAAUAAUCGCUGCUUCCGGUGGUGCGGUCAGACAAUUACUCAUCAAGGCACAAGAACGUGGAAUGACUAACGGCGACUACGCGUUUUUCAACAUCUACCUCGUUUCCUACAAGUAUUACGGUGAAAACACUUGGUAUAUGGAUGAUGAAUACGAUGAUCUAGCGAGAGUGGCAUACGAGCGGCCACAGUCACGUGCAUCCAGUGACGGUACAGUCCAACAUGGGCAAGUGUUCACGACAGUUGCAACGUAUAAGGGAAUUGUUGUGGCUGUCAAGCAUAUAAAUACGGAUAAGAUUGACCUAUCCCGAAGUCUUCUUCUAGAGUUAAAACAUAUGCGAGAUCUCCACCAUAGUAAUAUCACAAGCUUUGUUGGCGCAUGCGUGGACACCCCAAAUAUUUGUAUAUUGAUGGAGUACUGUUCUAAGGGCAGUUUACAGGAUAUUCUUCAGAACGAUGCCAUAAAGUUGGACUGGGUUUUCAGAUCGUCACUCGUACAAGACAUAGUUUCGGGUCUGCAGUAUAUACACGGCAGCAUUGUGCGUUGUCAUGGUAGAUUGAAAUCGUCCAAUUGUGUGGUUGACAGCCGAUUUGUGUUGAAAUUAACCGAUUUUGGUUUAGAGAAAUUCAGAAAAGAGGAGGUGGAAGCGGAGAAAACGCAUGCAUGUUAUAGAAAAAUGUUGUGGUGUAGUCCAGAGAUCCUUCGUCAAAAUGACUCGCAGAAAGGUUCACAGAAAGGCGAUGUAUAUAGCUUUGGUAUCAUAUUGCAAGAAAUUGUUUUGAGGACAGAACCGUUUGAAAAUCCAGAAAGUGACCAGACAUUGACACCCCAAGAAAUAAUUGCAAAAGUUACCAAAUGUGAGGAACCUGUGUUCAGACCUCAAAUCCCGGACGGUGCUUGCCCGGCGGAAAUAUACACAUUGAUGCAGAGAUGCUGGUCAGAACUUCCAGAAGACAGACCCGAUGUUCCUGCUCUGAAACACACGAUGUCAAAAAUUAACAAGUAA